GUAGAGGAAGCCUGACCAGUUCUCAGCCUCACACUCGAGCCCGAGGGGUCCAGCUACUCUCUGAGGUUUUACAGGAGAACUACGCAGAGCUUACAGAGAGAGAAGUGGAUGUUCUUAUUGCCUUUUAUGAAAACCGCCUCAAGGACCAUUAUGUUGUCACACCACCAGUGUUACGUGGGCUCCAGCAGUUGCCUCCUAAUGACGUCAAUGGAAUCACCAAAGAGGAAUUAAUCCUGGCACUGAGGGCCGUCCUCACAGGAACUCCUAAAUUUUCACAGUUUCUGUUACCACUCCUCAUUGAGAAGCUGGACUCAGAUGUUCAGACUGCCAAGUUAGACGCCCUGCAGACUCUGGCUGCUUGUGUGUCACAGUAUGAAGACCAAGACUUGAGAGAAUUUCUUGAGGGACUGUGGAUGUCACUGCGAAGAGAGGUGUUUCAGACCUCCAGUGAGAAGAUCGAGUCUGCAGCGCUCGCCGCUCUCACCGCACUCACUUCCUGUCUGUCUCGAUCAGUCCUCAGCACAGACUCUGAAGACAUCCUCAGCACCUUCCUUGAUCUUAUUCUCAGAGACUGUAAGCAUCAUCUGUGUGAGCCUGACCUGAAGCUCGUAUGGCCCAGUGCCAAACUGCUCCAGGCCUCUUGCAGCGCCUCCAACAGGGCGAGUUACAUCAUUACAGCUGCCGUCAUGCCAUCUCUGAUCGAGCAGUUUCACAGCAGAACACAGUGUUCUCACAGACGGACGUUGUUGGAAGUGGUGCACCAGUUCAUCCGGUCAGUGAGAACCAGUCAGUCUGUGGAUAUCGAUGAGAGUGUGUUCUCAGAGUACAGAGCAGCUCUAUGCAGCAUGGUGUUUUCAGCUCUCUCUGAGAGUAAUUUCAGUCUGCAGAUCACUGCUACCUCUGUGCUCAGCUCGCUGGCACAACAAACAGGUCUGCUGUUAGACUCUGACAUUCAGCUCGCUGUAGAUCACCUGACCAGAUUGCUGCUGACAGAGGAGGAUGAGAGAGUCAGUUCUGCUGUGGUCCAGUGUGCUGGAGCUGUGGCAGAGCAGCACCCUGAGGCCUUCAUCACUAAAAUGAUCCCCAGACUGAAAGAAGAGCUGUUUUCUGACAGCACCGAGGCCUCUGAGCUACAGCCUGGCCAUGCAGUGCAUCAGCGGUGUUUAGCUGCUCUGGCAGCGGUGUCCAUCCAACCCAGUGUUGUCCAGGAGAGUACACCUGUCCUCCUACAAGUCCUUAGUUCAGCACAUUCAGGUAGCUCUCGUUUCUCCGUGGAUGAGGUGGUGCUAGCGUGCCGCAGCCUGCAGAGGAUCGCAGAGCAGGUUCAGGACACUGAGGAGGCGGGACAAUGUUUUCAUGAUGUCAUCAUCCCACGCCUGCUGUCUCUGGCACUGCAGGCUGCACUUCAGAAUGAAGGUCCAUCUGGUCCUGGUAGUCCUCUGACAGAGGAACAGAUCCUGUCGGCCAUGGUCCCUGUCAUCAGUACUGCCUGCUCCCGGCUGCAGCCCACGAUGGCGGGACAGACAGCAUCAAGGGUGGUGUCUCUCUUCCUGGAAGGUGAUGUCACCUUUUUGCCUGAUAACUCCUUCCCCUCUGACCUUCAGCUGCUCAAG